AUGGAUACCCACGAAGACAUUGAGCUCUCCCAAGAGACCCAAGCUCGUGUUCGCAGACAAGUAGGAACAGAAGAGAAAAAGACCGUCAGAGUCCUGGCAGCGGCCUUUUGCUUUCUCGUCGCGGGCGUCAACGACGGCAGCUUGGGCGCCCUCGUCCCUUACCUGCUGCGCUCCUACGGCCUCACCCCGUCGUCCAUCGGCCUCAUCUGGGGGCUCUCCUUCAUCGGAUGGCUCCUCGCCGCUCUCACGGGGAGUUGGAUGCGCUCUGCCACCGGCCUGGGAGGAGCCCUCGUCGCCGGUGCCGCUGCUCAGCUCGCUGCUCACCUCCUCAGGUUCUGGACGCCGCCAUUUGCGCUGUUCGCAGUCGCCUUCGUCUUCGCGGCGCUGGGCCAGGGAUACCAGGACGCGCAGGCAAACGUCUUCGUGGCCGGGCUGGAGGGCGCCCAUCGCUGGCUGGGACUGAUACAUGCUAGCUACAGUGCCGGGUGUCUCGUUGGACCGCUGCUGGCAUCCCUCGUGGCCACUCAUACCGGUCAAUGGAUGUACUUCUAUCUCGUCCCCGGUGGGCUCGGCCUGGUCAACCUGGCGCUGGCCUGGUGGGCGUUUAGAGAGCACGUCUGCGUCUCGAUAUCAUGGACUACCAAUACUCCUGCUUCUACCGCUGAUGUUGCUUCUACUGCUGCUGCUCUUGAAGAGAGGAGGGAAGGAAGAGUGUGGACGGAGAUGAAGCUCACGCUGCAGUGUAGACCCGUCUGGCUGCUCAGCCUGUUCUACUUUUUCUAUCUCGGCGUUGCCAUCACCGUUGGAGGCUGGCUGGUGGAAUAUCUCGUCCAAGAACGGCAGGGAGAGCUCUCGCGUGUGGGAUAUGUGCCUACAGGCUACUUUGGUGGCAUCAUGCUCGGCCGUCUCCUCCUGGCUGAACCGGCCCACCGAUUAGGCGAGAAGCCAGUGAUAUUGGUCUGCUCGCUCUGCUGCCUCGCCCUGCAGGUCGUCUUCUGGCGUGUCAACAACAUCGUCGCUGACAGCGUGGUCGUCAGCGUCUUUGGCUUCUUGUCCGGGCCUUUCUUCGCAUCCGGAAUGUCCGUUGCAUCCAAGCUGAUACCAUCGAAUAUCCAUACCGCAGCACUAGGGCUCAUCUUUGUGGUCGCGCAGGCUGGUGGGACUGUGUUUCCAGCUAUCACCGGGGCCAUCGCUUCAAAGGCAGGCGUCAGCGUCCUGCAGCCCAUACUAGUCGGUCUCAUCGUGCUCAUGGGACUCAGCUGGGUCCUCGUUCCAGGCGUCGACAGGAAGCGAGACUAG